AUGCUGGCCAUCAGUGACCUGGUCCUGUGCAUGUCCACCCUGCCCAAAAUGCUGAGCAUUUUCUGGUUCAAUUUCAGGGAGAUCGAUUUCAGUGCCUGCCUCACCCAGAUGUACUUCGUUCAUUGCGUCUCAGUGAUAGAGUCUGGCAUCUUUGUGGGCAUGGCUUUUGAUCGCUACGUGGCCAUCUGUGAUCCCCUGAGGCAUUCCAUCAUCCUGACAAAUCCCGUGGUGGCCAAGGCCAUCAUGGCCAUAGUGCUGCGUGGCUGCAUGAUCAUACUACCCUAUCCCUUCCUGGCGAGGCAAUGGCCAUAUUGCAGAACCAACAUCAUCCCCCAGUCGUACUGCGCACAUAUAGCAGUGGUGAAGUUGGCCUGCGCUGACACCUGUGUCAAUAGUUACUAUGGCCUCUUUGUGCUUUUCUGUGUGUUGGGUCUGGAUGCAAUUUUUAUUGCCUUGACCUAUGUCCAGAUCCUCAGGGUCAUCUUCAGCCUCCCCACAAAGGAUGCCCAGUUCAAGGCUUUUGGGACCUGCGGCUCCCACCUCUUUGUCAUUUUAGCCUUUUAUAUCCCAGAAUAUCUACCUCCCCAGUACUAUACCCUUCCCUGGGUAGCCCUGAGAGAUUUCUCCACCAAGUUCCCGGUGAUACCGAUCCAAAGCCUUGGAUCUUAA